UGAGUUAGUCUCCCGCGAGCCGCCGGCGAAGAAGGACGCCAGUCUGUGCUCCCCGGCGUGAUCAGAGGCGUGGGACAUGACGACGCGCCUGCCAUGCCAGUGAGGACCCGGCCUGGCGAGUGAGCGACGUCGUGGACUGAAUGUGGCCGAUGGAAUAACUAACAACGAGACACUAACACAGUCACACACCCGAGACCUAGGCAGAUAAGGCGUGUACGACCCUAGAUAACAGUGAUAGGUAAACCUGACUACCCACACACACGCUGCCGGACCCGUGGACUUGUACGUGGGCGAAGUAGCGUCAGAUGAGGAACUGAAACACUCACACCACGACACGCAAACAGAUAAGACGUGUAGAUAACGAUAAGUAGGUAACUGUUUCCCGCGUGAGAGCCAGAACACAAGGGCCACGGGACUGCCACAACCCCCCCUAGCAGUGCCACCCCCGCUCUCCCGUGUCUCCAAGCUUCAACCCUUUCCCAACCAGUCCCAAGCGGUGCCACUGAGAGAAGAACAUAAGUGCCACAUCUCUCCCCUCAUCCUUACCCGCGCGAGGCCAUGGUGGUGUUGCCGGAGGUGGAGGCGGAAAGAAGGGAACGAAAGGAGACCCGGAGCGACCACGUGGCCCAGUAACUUCAAUACCGGCUAACCGGACCCCGCCGCGCCUCGCCACAUCGCCGCCACCACCAUCGCAUCGCCCCGCGCCCAAACGUGUGGGAGGCGAGACGAGGCUUGAUACACCUGACACACACCUGGACGCACAUCUGAACCCACCUGUGUGACGUCUAGAGCUGCUGAUGUUGCUUCGCGGACCUGCAGUGGGAUCGGAUCUUUUUAUAUUCUUUGCGUCCUUUCUUGGUCUCUGAAGUAAGGAUGAUGAGAGAGUGAGACGCGAUGUGUGGAGCUUAGAUCUUGAAGGUAAAUAUUUUGAGAGAGAGAAGAAAAGCGAUUUGUGGUGCAGUUUAGAUCUUGAAGUUAACAUUUUGAAAGAAGGAAAAGCGAUGUGAUGAAGUUUAGAUAUCAAAGUAAACAUCGUAAUUGAGAGACAGAAAAGCGAUGUGUGAUGAAGUUUAGAUAUCAGAGUAAACAUCGUGACUGAGAGAAAGAAAACGAUGUGUGGUUGAGUUUAGAUCUUGAAGUAAGUAUUUUGAGUUAGAGAGAAGAAAAUUACAUGUGAAUGGUGAUGGAUAAUGGGACUUUUGAUUUUGUUUUCUUACUCUGAGGCAUAAAUACGAAGAGAGAGUGACAGAUAUGCGGUUUUUAUCUUAGAGUAAACAUAAAAAUUGAAAAGAAAGUAUCUCAAUUGAAAAAGAUAGGAAAGAAUAUUAAAUUGAAAAACAAAAGAAAGAAUAUUAAUUGAAAAAGAAAAGAAAGGAUAUUAAAUGAAAAACAAAAGCCAACAUAUUUAUCAGAAAACAAGAAUAAGCAUAUCAAGAGAAAAACAAACAUGCGGAAACAGAAAAUGAAUACCGUAUCAAUAAAUCUUCCUCUCUGUGACGCCAAGAUGAGAAGGAAAGAGUGAAGUGAAUGACGCUUAGCUCCUGAAGUGAAACAACAUCAUAAAAAGAAGAAAAGAAGAAAUUUUGUAACGUUUAGAUCCUGACGUUCAGCUCCCAAAAAGUGAUGACGUUUGCACCCUGAAAUAACUAUCACUAAAAGAAGAAAAGAAGAAAUUUUGUAACGUUUAGAUCCUGACGUUCAGCUCCCAAAAAGUGAUGAUGUUUGCACCCUGAAAUAACUAUCACUAAAAGAAGAAAAGAAGAAAUUUUGUAACGUUUAGAUCCUGACGUUCAGCUCCCAAAAAGUGAUGAUGUUUGCUUCCAGAAAUAACCAACAUCACUAAAAGAAGAAAAGAAGAAAUUUUGUGAUGUUUAGAUCCUAACGUUUAGAUCCCAAAAAGUGAUGACGUUUGCUUCCAGAAAUAACCAACAUCACUAAAAGAAGAAAAGAAGAAAUUUUGUGAUGUUUAGAUCCUAACGUUUAGAUCCCAAAAAGUGAUGACGUUUGCUUCCUGAAGUAACCAACAUCACUAAAAGAAAAAAAAACGUGACAUUCUUGAAAAAGUCGUCUCGCGCGUGACUCAAGACAGGAAAAAAUAAACAAAUAAACGAAAUAAACAACAGAUCAGGACACGAACGAGAAAUAACACUCAUAGAAAAGACUAAAGAAAACAAACAAACAAUUUAAGACAAACAAACAACAAGAAUCACAGAAAAAACCAGACAAAUUGAUCAUUCUACUUUUGUCUCCACUUCGUUUUGUGCCACCUCGAUUGACACACGCACACACACACCUACACACACACACACACCUACACACACACACACACACACACACACACACACGCACAUCUCGCUAUCUCAUCGUCAUCAAGUAGCUGUGAAGUGACUGACGUGCACACAAACACACACAUACACACACAUACACACACACGAACUCAGUCAGUGGCGGGAAGACUUGAGUGAAAAAAUUAAAAAGUGUAGGAAAGACAAGAGAUGAAAAGGUCACUGAAAAUAGCAAGUAAGGAAGAAAGUUAACAAGAAAGACAGACAUUAAGAAAGGGAUAAAAGAUGAUAAAUAAGGAAAGACAAAGAAAAUCAGAUAGAAAGACACUAAGAAAGGAAUAGAAUAAUAAAGAAAAGGAAGACAGCGCGCAAGAUUAUAACAAGGGGAAAAGGGAAAAGAAAAUAUAUUAUAAAUUGAUAAAAGACGUGAUUAAGAAACUGAGAUUGAUAUAUAAGUAAACGAUUCUGUGCUCUUAUACGAAACUGUGAUCCAAAUGUUGAACGCCGAAGCACUUGAAAAAAAAAAAAGACUAACUCUACAUCGAUUUCGUAGUGAGUGAAAAGGAAAAAAAUAGCAAGGUGAUUAAGAAGGAAAAAAGGAAGAAAAAAAUAACUCACUCACUUUGGAAACGGAAAUUAUUAUAGGGUGAGAGAGAGAGUGAGACAGAGAGAGAAAGAGAGUAGGAGGGAGAGACAUAGAAAAAUAAGAUUAAAAAGAAUAGAUUUACACCCAAAAUAAAAUAGAAAAAAAAUAAAAAAAGAAGAAACAAAAGUGACUAAGCUCAACAAAGGACGAGACAAAAGAAAAGAAUACGAGAACAAAACAAAAUAAAAGAAAAGAAAAGAAAAUAGCAGCAAGGGAAAACAAAAAGAUUCGCAUACAUAGAAAAAUAAAAAAAAUAAAAAAAAGACGCAACACAAGAGAAACAAAGGAGGAGCAACACAAACAACAAACGCGAAAAGUAAAACAGAUACCAAAAACAACAGAAAAACAAAGAAACACAAAUAACAACAACAACAGUAACACAGACAGCAACAACAAUAACAGUAAAACAAGCAAACGACACAAACAACACAAACAACAAACAAACAAACAAACAGCAACACCACCACAACCACCUUCAAUAACAUCAAUAACAAACAAAGAGCAAAGAUCAAAAACUCCUAUCAAACACCAACACCAUCAACACCACUUUCAUCACCACAAACACCACCACUUGAACACGCCCCAAAAAAAGAAGAAAAGAGAGUGACCAUCAACCUAGCAUCAUCUCCGCUCCAUCUCCGUCUUCGCCUCUCAGUCCAGCAGCCUCCCAACCCUUGCGUCUGCCCGCCCAGCGUCUACGAGUGACCACAAUGCACCUGGUGGCUUCUGGUUCCCCGUGGUGGCGGCUCCUUCCCCUCCUGCUCCUCUUUAUGACAGGAGGGGGCGACGCAGGGCUGCCGGGUCCACGCUUCGUCGGCCAGAUCGAGAACGUGACGGUGGCGGCCGGACGCAACGCCGUGCUCACCUGUACCGUGGAGCACCUCAGAGGCUACAAGGUCGCGUGGGUCCAGGUGGAGACGCAGACUAUCUUGACCAUCCACACGUCGGUGAUCACUCGCAACCCUCGUGUGGGCCUGAGUCACGAGGGCCACAACGUCUACCGUCUACACCUCAAGGAAGUGACGGAGGCGGACCGCGGCUACUACAUGUGCCAGAUGAACACUGACCCAAUGAUCAACCAGAAGGGCUUCCUGCAGGUUGUGGUCCCCCCUGACAUCGAUGACUCUGCUUGGACCGGGGACUUGGUGGUUCGCGAGGGCACCAACGUCAGCCUGGAGUGCAAGGCGCGAGGGUACCCGCCACCUACCGUCACCUGGCGCAGAGAGGACCCGCACGACCCCACGCAGCACUCCGUCAAGGUUUUGGAGGGACAGACGCUGACCAUUGGCAAGGUGUCUCGACUCCACAUGGGCGCCUACCUCUGCGUGGCCUCCAACGGCAUCCAACCCUCCGUCAGCAAGAGGAUCCAGCUCAAGGUUCAGUUCCCGCCAAUGCUGUGGAUCCCGAACCAGCUGGAAGGCGCGCGGCGGGGGGAGUCAGCGACCCUCCAGUGCAACACGGAGGCCUUCCCGCGUUCCAUCAACUACUGGACCAACCACAGGGGCGAGAUGAUUGCCGCCAGUGAGUGUCCAGCUAUCACUGAUGUUUCUUUCGUCGCUGCUUGUACAGCCGGCACGCGAUACGAGACCACCACGAAGGAGGAGAGCUACAAGACCUACAUGAAGCUGGUCAUCCACAAUCUGACGCAGUACGACUUCAACACGUACCGCUGCAUCGCCAAAAACAGCCUCGGCGAGACGGACGGAUCCAUCAGACUCUACGAAAUCGAACCAAAGCGAGACAACGAGGACACGAAGGAGGGAUCUGCCGGCAACGAGGAGGGGGAAGGAGGAAGCGGCGACGGCGAGGGAGGAGGAGGAGGAGGGCCAGGAGGAGGAGGAGGGGGAGGAGGAGAAGGAGGCCGCCACAACUCUACCUUCCUGGAGGACUACGGGAAUCUCGCUACGGACAAACGAGGGAGAGUCCGCAACAACAAACAGUCACCCUCGAAGAAAACGGGGCGAGGCCCCAACUCGUGGCGGACUGGCGAGGCGGUGAACGAAGUGCUAACAGACGUCGACCUCAUGUUCAGAGAGAAAGAAUAUAGCCACUCCAAGGACUUGCCCUCCGGUAGGAACACGGCAUCGUCCUAUGACCACUCCUUCAGCUUCGACGCCGGCGCUGGGACCUCGCCUUCGCCUAUCGCAGUGUUGAGCGCGGUCGUGGCAUGCGUGGCGGCCCUCCGGAGACUAUGAUGGCUCUCCAAGACCCUGCAGCGCCUCCCCAGUAGCAGCUCCCCCUUGUUCCUGUGCCCUGUCGCUCUAUUCUAUCCUGUGUACAUUCAUAUCUAGAGGCGUGUCUGGAGUGUCUGUCUCUGUCCCUUCCUGUCGCCAGUGAGUUCGAGACGCGAGUAUUGUGAUUUUCGUAGCUCUCUUCAUAUCCGACAAUCACUGUGUGUGCGAGUGCCCCCGCUUAUCAUCGUAGACCAGUUCAUGCUUCGCUCUCCGCUUCGCUUGGCACCAGUUUCUUGUGGCUAGAGAGGGAGAGACAAAGGGUUACGGCUGUACAUAUGUCUGGUGUCUGUGCUUCGUGGCGUUAGUGUGUGUGUGUGUGCGAGCAGAAGAAUCGUUUGAAACACAUUCCCCACCGUAGCGGAUCUCGUAGUCACCUGUAUAGAUGCACGCACACCUGUACCCCGACACCCCACACACCUGAGCACCUGGACAGGGCGAUCUAACACCCUUGACUCAUUGGGUUCUUGAAGGUCAAUGUUCCUCGGCAUUCAACACGAGAAGAUGACGUUAAGAGGUUCACUAGACGCUACCGGAGAUGAAACUGCCACUAAGUACACCACGACUCACUGGGUUCCUGAUGGCCAAUGUUCCUCGGCACUCAACACGAGAAGAUAGCGUGGUUAUGAUGUUAAGGGGAUCACUAGACGCUGCCGGAAAUGAAACUGCCACUAAGCACACCACGACUCACUGGGUUCUUGAUGGCCAAUGUUCCUCAGCACUCAACACGUGAAGAUGGCGUAGUUAUGAUGUUAAGGGGAUCACUAGACGCUGCCGGAGAUAAAACUUCCACCUGGGGGCAGCAUGGGCCAAGCGAGUCAUACAUCACGGCAGUCACCAUUGGGGCCGUCCAUAAGGCCCCUCAAGAAAGCCUACCCGCGCUACGUUCAGCACAUCAAAAAAAUACAUAUAAAAAAAUACGCACAGCACGACUCACUGGGUUCUUCAGGAUCUUGAGGAUAUUCUGAAGUACUGGAACCCCAAGUAAUUUUUUUUUUACAUCAGAGGACACGGUUAAAGGGCAACAAAAAGGGUUAAAAAAAAGCCCGCUACUCGCCGCUCCUGACCUAUAAAGAACAAUACGAGACAUUGUUCAGUGGGUUAUGUUGUGGUCACGACUCGGCAGCUCUCAGUGUGACGCCUCUAUUCCCAUGCAUGCCGGCUAUAUGGACUUGAGGAUAAGGUACAGUCGGGCUAUUCUGAGGCUACUGAAACCUCAAAUGACCUACAACAUUACAAGACUUUGGCCACGUCUCUGCAGCUCUCAGUCUAACGCCUCUGUUCCUCCUAAUGCUGGUAAAAGACUUGAGGAUAAGCAAUUGUUAGGUUAUUCUGAAGCUACUAAAACCUCAAGUGACCUAUAACAUUAAGACCUUAGCCACGUCUCUGUAGCUCUCAGUCUAACGCCUCUGGUCCUCCUAAUGCUGGUAAAAGACUUGAGGAUAAGCAAUUGUUAGGUUAUUCUGAGGCUACUAAAACCUCAAGUGACCUAUAACAUUAAGACCUUAGCCACGUCUCUGUAGCUCUCAGUCUAACGCCUCUGGUCCUCCUAAUGCUGGUAAAAAGACUUGAGGAUAAGCUAUAGUCGGGGUAUUCUGAAGCUACAAGAACCUCAAGUGACUAUAACAUUACAAGACCUUGACCAUGUCUCUGCAUCUCUCAGUCUGAUGCCUCUGUUCCUCCUAAUGCUGGUAAAAUAGACUUGAGGAUAAGCUAUUGUCGGGUUAUUUAUUCUGGGGCAACUGGAACCCCAAGUGACCUAUAACAUUAAGACCUUUGCCAAGUCUCUGCAGCUCUCUGUCUGAUGCCUCUGUUCCCAUUAAUGCCGGGUAUAUGGACUCGAGGAUAAACCAUUGCCAAGUUAUUCUAAGGCUGCUUUAACCCAAAGUGACCUAGAAACGGCGAUACAAGACUUUGCUCAGUGGGUUCCCUUCUGUCUCCACUCGACGCCUCUCCUCAAACAGCCACGUUAUGCAGAUUCGAGGCUGCACCAAGGCCGGGCUGCUCGGAGGCUCCCUGACGUAGUGUAUGGCACGUAGCUCCCUUAAAACUUCGAGGAGGCGACUGUCAAGACCAUUAAUCCCAGCUUGUUGUAAUCCCCGCCGCCACGCACUCACCCUCCCCCUCGCCUCCACUCGCUCCCACUCCUAACGUGCUCACCCACACCUGUUAAGCCGCUAAAGUAAUGCAAUAACACGAUGACCAGCGCAGUGAGUAAGCGGAGACGUGUUCCAGGUUGUCCGUAUGUGUGUAGGCGAUCAUUCUUCUCUCAUUCCAGCACACACAGUUGCAUAUUUCACCUUUCUCGCGUUGCCGCUGUUCCCUCGCGCGUGGAGUCGAAGUGCUGUCGCUGUUUGUCGUGUGUGUGGGUGUCUGCGUGCGUGUCAAAUGGUUUAUCGUUAUUCUUUCGAUCUAGGAGUUUAGUUGCCUGCUGUAUACACUCUCCCGGACGCGGACGCAUUGUGUAAAAAGAAAUGUUACUCCCUUUGUAAGUGAAGACUAUAUAUUAGGGUUAAGUUACCGUCUUUUCCAUAUCCGAAUGUUGCUUCCAUGUGGUGGCCGAUGUGGCGUCCUGUGCUCAUGGUCGUGUGCUGGAGAUGUUGAUGGACGCUCCCAACGUUCACGCCAGCCACCAAACCCUGCAGAUGUUGACGCGUGACGAUACCCAACGGAACUUUAACGCGAGGGUCGACUAACGUUGCUGCCUUCUGAAAAUGGACUCUAGGCGACGACAGGCUACCUUAACAAUAUCAUCUUGUCCUGAAAACGGUCUUAGGGUGACAGAGAGACAACCUUAUAACGCUGUCUUGUCCUUGACGUGCUCAAAACGCAAUUCACCAACACAACCUUGAUACGAGGGGCGAGGAAUGAUGCUGCUGCCUGCGGAAAAUGGUCUAAGAUUGACUGAAACGCCAUCUCGCAACACUGUCUUGUUUAAAAGUGUGCAAGACGUAACACACAGGCCACCUUGCAACACUGUCUUGUUUGAAAGUGUGCAAGACGUAACACACAGGCCACCUUGCAACACUGUCUUGUGCUAACUAAGUUCAAGACGUGAUAAACAGGAUAGCAGCGCUACGUCCUCUGACAAGCAGAAAAAGCAGACCUCUUCCUACUGUGCAUCGUAAAUAGAAUAUUGUAACAACGUCUGUGGGAGGAAGAGAGCGUUGGAUAGGACGACCUCCCCCCACCCAUCCACCCACCCCCGCCAGGCAGCAGCACCCAAGGCUCAACGCAACGCAGGAUAACUUGUGCCAAAACGAAGCAACCGCAGUAUAGGACUUCCCUGUAGGAGCACGCGACCAACCCUUCUUUUGUUCCUUUCUUUCAUGACAGCAAAGGAGGCAGACCAAGUAAGGGCCGGAGAAGAAGAUAAAGGCUCUCAAAAAUGCUGUUUCUAUCACGAGUAAGAAGAGCAAAGAGCAGGUUAUCCUUUUUUUACAGCAAAGGAAAUAGCGCAAGGGAAAAAAUAAGGAAACAAUAAUGAAAAAAAGCCCGCUAAUCACUGCUCUAAUGUCUCUAUGUUUAUCUCGAGAGGUGUUUUCCCUUCUCAACACACGCCAGGUACUACAGGUGAAUAAACAAGUACAGGUGACGUUAAUUAUAUACAGGUUAAAAAUACAAGUUAAAGAUUCGGUUUGACCUUAACGUGAAUCAGAUAGAACUCAAGUAAUUCUUUUUUGACCGAGAUAAGAUAAACAAAACAAACAAAAAAUAAUAAAAAGGGAAAGAAAGAAAGAAAAGACGAGAGGAUGGUUAAAGAGAAAAAGGAAAAAAAUGGAGCAUGAAGGAAAGAAAGCAGAAAGAUAAAAACAAAACAAUAAAAAGGAAAAACAAAGAAAGAGAAAAAACGAGGUGAAGGUUAUAGAGAAAGGGAAAAAAAUGGAGCAUAAAGGAAAGAAAGCAGAAAAAUAGAACCAAAACAAUAAAAAGGAAAACAAAGAAAGGAAGAAAACACGAGAUGAAGGUUAAAGAAAAAGGAAAAAAAGGGAACAUGAAGAAAAGAAAGCAAAAAGACAAACAAAACAAUAAAGAGGAAAAACAAAGAAAGAAAACAAGAUGAAGGUUAAGAAAAGGAAAAAAAGAUCAUGAAGGAAAGACAGCAGAAAGACAGAAGCAAAACAAUAAAAAGGAAAAUCAAAAAGAAAAAACGAAAUUGAUAAAGAAAAAAGAGGAAAACAAAGAAAAAAUAACGAUAUGAAGUUUAAAGAAAAAGGAAAAAAAUGGACCAUGAAGGAUAGAAAGCAGAAAAAGACAAGCAAAACAAUAAAGCGGAAAAACAAAGAAAGAAAAAAACAAGAUGAAAUUUAAAGAACAGUAACCAUCUCCUUUCUCCUCCUGGCUGUCUGUGUCUGUCUGUCUGUCUGUCUGUCUGGUUGAUCCCUGCGUGUUCCAUAGGUAUAGUGUUAUUCUGUAAAGACUCUCUGUACAUAAGCUCCCCCAUGCAAGGGUAUGUUGAAAGACUAACUACCAGACACCUUAUAUAAAUGUUCCUGUUGAAAAAUAUAUGCGGCUAUAUGAUAAA